AAUAAAUAAAUUCAUUUCAAAUGUUACUUAACCGUUUUAAAAUUCUAUCAUUAUCGGUUCAAAGAAAUAUUUUUGUUCAUCGUAAUUUAAUUCCAUUAUCACAAUUCCAUCAUUCUAGUAAUUUGUCAGAUAGAAAAAUGUCAAAAGAACGUUCAGAAGAUGAAUGGCGUGUGAUUUUAUCACCAGAACAAUUUCGUAUAAUUCGACAAAAAGGAACCGAACCACCAGGUUCUGGUGAAUACAAUAAAUUUAAAGGAAAAGGAAUUUAUAACUGCGCUGCGUGUGAUACACCACUUUACGUUUCUGACACCAAAUUCGAUUCAGGUUGUGGUUGGCCUGCAUUUUUUGAAUCCAUUCCCGGUGCAGUAAAUAGUAAAGAAGACAAUUCAUUAGGAAUGAAAAGAACAGAAAUUACAUGUGCUGCAUGUGGUGGUCACUUAGGUCACGUUUUCAAGGGUGAAGGUUGGAAACAUACACCUGCUGAUGAACGACAUUGUGUGAAUAGUGUCAGUAUUAAAUUCAGCCAAGAAAACAAAGAAUAAAAAUACUUUUGGCUAUCUAUUUUCUGAAUAACAAUACUUAUUUUAAUAAAUAAAGUAUAUUAAAUCGAAAUUAGUGAGAACAUAAUAUUA